ACCUAAUAUAAAUUGAUAUUGUGCUCCGAAUUUUCUCCAGUAGAUAUUUUAGACUGGUUUCAACAUGUUGAUGAGAUCAUUCUUAUUUUUGGGGUUAUUGUGUAGUUUUCUUUAUUUGGUAGAGCCCAAAACUGAUAGAGUAAUUUGUUACUAUGGAAGCUGGGCCAACUAUAGGAAUGGAAAUGGUAAAUAUACAGCUGAAAACAUAGACGCCAAUCUAUGUACCCAUGUCAUCUAUACAUUCCUUGGAAUCGAGAACGAUGGCAGAUUGAAAAUACUGGACCCAUGGCUUGAAUUAGACCUAAGAAACCUGGAACGGUUCAACUCCUUGAAAAAGCAGAAUACAAACUUGAAGACUCUUAUAGCUGUUGGAGGAUGGAAUGAGGGUUCAGUGAAAUACUCUGCAGUUGCAAGCGAUCCUUUGAAGAGGGCUACUUUGAUCGAUAGUGCAAUAAAUAUCUUAGAAACCUAUGGUUUCGAUGGCUUCGAUAUUGACUGGGAAUAUCCAGCUCAAAGAGGAGGAUCUGCUGCUGAUAAACAAAAUUUCGCCAUCUUACUGAAGGAAUUUAGAGAAGCUUUUGACAAACGAGGUUUCAUUUUAACAGCAGCUGUAGCAGCAGCCUCUUCAUCAGUAGAUAUUUCAUAUGAUGUUCCUGCGUUAUCGAAAUAUCUGGACUCUAUUAACGUUAUGGCUUAUGACCUACAUGGAGCAUAUGAUGGUGUAACAGGUGCUAAUGCUCCUUUGUAUCCUUCCAGUGUAGACAUUAGUCCGAGUGCUAAAGCACUCACUGUUGAUGCUUCGAUUCGUGGAUGGAUUGCAAGAGGUGCGGAUCCUCAGAAAAUCUCAAUGGGUCUUCCAUUGUACGGUAGAACUUUCACCCUUUCCAAUCCAAGUUUGAAUGGCGUUGGCGCUCCAGCAAGCGUUGGAGGAAAACCAGGGCCUUACACUCAAGAAACAGGAAUGCUGGGGUACUUGGAGAUCUGCGAAUUACAAAGACAAGGAGGUUGGACUGUGAAUUGGGAUGAUAAUACCAAAACCCCAUACGCUUAUAAAGGCGACCAGUGGAUAGGAUAUGAUAAUGCUGAAUCUAUCAGGUUGAAGGUGGAAUAUGCAAAAUCUCUCAAUUUAGGAGGUACGAUGAUAUGGUCCUUAGAAACAGCCGACUUCAGUGGAGUCUGUGGUGAUAAAUACCCAAUAUUAACAGUCAUCAAGAACGCACUGAGUGAAAAUGUUUCAACAACAACGCCUUUACCUGAUCCAACACCAUGUAAUCCUCAAAGUUGUCCACCUGCACCACAACCAGAUGAGGAUUCGAAAAAAUCGGAUAAUAAAUCAAAAGAAUCUGAAGUGACAGAAAAAUCUGAUACUCCUGAAGAUUCAAAACAAAAAUCCAAGGAUUCUAAAGAAGAUUCAAAAUCUAGUGAUGAAUCCAAAGAAUCGAAAAGUUCGAGUUCAUCGGAAUCGGAACAAGAUUCCAAAGAAGAUGAAUCCAAAAAGUCGAAAGAUUCAAGCUCUUCGGAAUCAAGAGAAGAUGAUGAAUCUGUUUGUAGGAAGGAGGGAAUAUUCAGGGACCAAAAAGAUUGUUCCACAUUUUAUUACUGUAUAGCCGAUUUGGACGGAAUUCGAAAAGUUGAUCUUAAAUGCUCAGAGGGCCUUGCUUUCGAUUCUAGAUUCGAAACUUGUAAUUUCAAGAGCUUGGUUGAUUGUGGUGCCUGAAUAUGCUUUUUGAUCAUGUUUCGAGAUUGAAUGUUGUUAAUAACAUUGUUUAUAUUUUUUUUGUUAUUGAAGGAAUAUACGAAAUCGAUUGUAAUGAA